CUACACCCACUCACUCAAUCACUUCACUCACUUGGGAAGACGAGAAACUUGCAAUGUUGGGACGUCUUUUUUCGCUUGCUGCGGUCGUCGCGGUAGGCGUGGUCAACGCUGGUACUGUCAUCUGGGACGGUCGGUUUAAUGAUUACACCACGGCUACGGAUAUCAACACGUGGUCUUGGGCCAACCAGGUCGGAUCGUACCAAUGGUACAUCCACGGCACCGGCGCAACAACCGACUACUUCAACCUGUCGCCGUCAUACAAGAACCCAGCGGACACGACGUCGAACCAAGGCGCGAAGCUCACGAUAUCGCCCACGGCCCUGUGGAACAGCGACAUGUGGCGCACGGAGCUGAUCCCGCAGACGAAGGCAGCUCUCGGCAGCGGCAAGCUAUGGUACCACUUCUCAGUGAAGAAGGCGACGACCAACCCCCCCAACCCGAACUACGAGCACCAAGUCUGCUUCUUCGAGUCUCACUUCACCGAGCUGAAGUUCGGCUGGGUCAACGGCGACGCGGCCGGCGCCAACAGUAACCUGCAGUGGUUCGUUGGCGGCACCCGCAAGCUCAGCAUUGCCUGGGACGCUGACGUCUGGCACAACUUUGCCUUCGAGAUCGACUUCUCCGCCAACACCGUCGGCCUCUGGCAUUCCACCGGCGCCGCCGCACUGACGCAGCAGGGCGCUACCGUCUCCGCUAGCACCUACAGCAACAGCGCUGACUGGCACUUGGGCAUCCUGCGUCUUCCUGACAGAUCGGGCGGCACUAACGACCAGACCCCCGAGGAUUGGUACUUCUCCGGUGUGUACGUCGAGAGCGGAAGUCUGAACACGGCGAUCUCGGGUUAGAUGGUGGCGUAGGAUAGUCCACGAGACGAAGAAAAGUUUCAGCGGGGCCUGGAGAAGAUUGUAUGUACGAUGAUGAUGAUGGGAGGAAUACCCGUGUCGGUCGGUCUUUACUGUGUUGAGUGAAC